AUGAUCAUCGAAUUGAUUGGUAGUCUUUCAAUAGCAAUUGGUUUUGUUAGUCUUAUGAUACUGACCAUUAUUCAUGCGAGAAAGAAUCAAAAUGAUGUCAGUUACAUUCAUGAGAUCGAUCGAUCACAAAUGAAAAUGAAUCAUCUACGAGAAGAAGCGAGUUUACCGUUCGAACAAAGCACUCAAGUUGCAGUCAAAGUUACUUCGUCAAGUACGAGUCUGACUCGCAAACGUUCGAUAGUCAAUGUGAUUCAGGUAGAUAAAACGUCGUUAUCUUCUGUUAAAUAUGGGAUUCAAUGGAAGUUUCCGAACGAUGAAGAGAUGCAGUCUGAGAAAAUAAAUUCUUCAUUGACAAACAUUGAAAAUAGUUCGGAAUACGAUCAGACGGAUUCACUUUCAUUUGGUGAUCAAGCAAUAUGUGUUCGGAAUUUAAUUGAAAAAUUCGAAAAUAAUCCAUUAGAAAACAAACUAGCUGUAAUUGAAUCAGAUUUAACAAGUAUUGAUAGUCAAACAAUUAAAACAGAUCGAAAUCAAAAUCAACAAAAGAUUUCACAUCAUUCGUCGAUAUCUAAUCUUGAUAUAACGAUCCCGUCAAAUAUUUCAUCAUCAAUUGAUCUCGAACAAUUUGAAAGUUUUUCUACGACAUCAAAUUUAAGCGAAUUUCUAAUUACUAAUUAA